AACCUGUGGGUUCCCGGUUCUCCGACGCUGCACCCUGCCGCUUGCGUGGGGGUGAGAGGGCCGUGGAGAACCAAACCCAGAAUGGUCCAGCGUUCUCCCUGCGGCCCGGCGUGGCUUCCAACUGAGGGCAAGAGGGAGCGGAGUGGGGACAAAGGACGAGGGGGCCGGCAAACCCGGCCGCGGGCAGCCUCCGUGUCUCUGCAAGGCGAGUUUCAGAGGAAGCUCUACAAGGACCUGGUCAAGAACUACAAUCCCUUGGAGAGGCCCGUGGCCAACGACUCGCAGCCGCUCACUGUCUACUUCUCCCUGAGUCUCCUGCAGAUCAUGGACGUGGAUGAGAAAAACCAAGUGUUAACCACCAACAUUUGGCUGCAAAUGUCUUGGACAGAUCACUAUUUACAGUGGAAUAUGUCAGAAUAUCCGGGUGUGAAGACAGUUCGUUUCCCAGAUGGCCAGAUUUGGAAGCCAGACAUUCUCCUCUACAACAGUGCUGAUGAGCGGUUUGAUGCCACAUUCCACACCAACGUGUUGGUGAACUCUUCUGGGCACUGCCAGUAUCUCCCUCCAGGCAUAUUCAAGAGCUCCUGCUACAUCGAUGUGCGCUGGUUCCCCUUUGAUGUGCAGCAGUGCAAACUCAAGUUUGGGUCCUGGUCUUAUGGCGGGUGGUCCCUGGAUCUCCAGAUGCAGGAGGCAGAUAUCAGCGGCUAUAUUCCGAAUGGAGAAUGGGACCUCGUGGGGAUCCCAGGCAAGCGGAAUGAGAAGUUCUACGAGUGCUGCAAAGAGCCAUACCCAGAUGUGACCUUCACGGUCACCAUCCGCCGCAGGACCCUCUAUUAUGGCCUCAACUUGCUCAUUCCCUGUGUGCUUAUCUCCGCCCUGGCCCUCCUUGUCUUCCUGCUCCCUGCAGACUCUGGGGAGAAAAUCUCACUGGGGAUCACAGUUUUAUUGUCCCUCACCGUCUUCAUGCUGCUGGUGGCUGAGAUCAUGCCUGCGACAUCCGACUCAGUGCCCUUGAUAGCUCAGUACUUUGCCAGCACCAUGAUCAUCGUGGGCCUCUCCGUGGUCGUCACAGUGAUUGUGCUACAGUAUCACCACCAUGACCCAGAUGGCGGCAAGAUGCCCAAGUGGACCCGAGUCAUCCUUCUGAACUGGUGUGCCUGGUUCCUGCGCAUGAAGAGGCCUGGGGAGGACAAGGUGCGGCCAGCCUGCCAGCACAAGCAGCGCCGUUGCAGCCUGGCCAGUGUGGAGAUGAGUGCCGUGGCGGGGCCACCGGCCACCAAUGGCAACUUGCUGUAUAUCGGCUUCCGUGGCCUGGAUGGUGUGCACUGCGCACCCACCCCAGACUCGGGGGUCGUGUGCGGCCGCCUGGCCUGCUCACCCACGCACGACGAGCACCUGCUGCACGGCGGGCAACCCUCUGAGGGGGACCCGGACCUGGCGAAGAUUUUGGAGGAGGUGCGGUACAUUGCCAACCGCUUCCGCUGCCAGGACGAGGGAGAGGCCGUGUGCAGUGAGUGGAAGUUUGCAGCCUGCGUGGUGGACCGCCUGUGCCUCAUGGCCUUCUCCGUCUUCACCAUCCUAUGUACCAUCGGCAUCCUGAUGUCGGCACCCAACUUCGUCGAGGCUGUGUCCAAAGACUUCGCUUGACUUGGUCCGGGCUCUCAGCCUCGAACAGGCCACGUCUUCAGCUUAGAGAGCCUUAGGAGGCUGAUCCCAAAGCAGCUUUAAACUCGAGGAUGUGGAUGUA